AUGACAAACUCACGAUCUCAAACUUUUAUUUCCGACCAGCCCGUAACUGUUCAACGUAAACCGUUUGCACAGAAUCAAGAUGGCCCUGGUGUAGGCUUUCCUGAUCCAGGUACUGCAAGGGCAAGCAUCGCUGCUACUCCUUCCUGCCCUAAGGGUACCACCAAGGACAACUGGGCGGCCAAGCACUCACACCAGACCGUGCUGCAGCAGCACUGCAGUUUCUUUGAUCGCGACAAUGAUGGGGUGAUCUGGCCCCUUGAUACCUUCCGUGGCUUUUAUGCCCUUGGCUUCAACGUCUUCCUCUGCGUCCUCUCUGUGUUUGUUAUCCACGCCAAUUUUUCCUACCCUACCUGCCCAACCUGGAUCCCUGAUCCAUUCUUCCGUGUUUAUACCGAGCGUAUUCACAAAGACAAGCACGGAAGUGACACUGGAACGUAUGAUACAGAAGGUCGGUUUGUGCCACAACGGUUUGAGGAUAUUUUUGCAAAGUAUGCGCCAGCAGAUCAGGAUGGAUUGACAUUGAAUGAUAUUUGGUUGCUGCUAAAGGGUCAGAGAGUGAUUCUUGACCCAAUUGGAUGGUUUGGUGCUUUCUUUGAAUGGAUUGCAACUUAUUUGUUGCUUUGGCCAGAGGAUGGAGUGAUGAAGAAAGAAGACAUCCGCCGGGUCUUUGAUGGAAGCAUUUUCUUCGAGCUGGAGGGACGAAACAAUGCGAAGAUCAAGAAGACUGAAUAA